AAAUAAAAAUCUAAAAUGGGAUUAUUAGGUAGUGAAAUGUUAUUCUUUAAUGUCCAUAAUGGCUAUUUAGAGGGCAUUUUAAGAGGAUAUAAAGCAGCUUUACUUACACACUCUAAUUAUACAAACUUACAACAAUGCGAUACACUCGAGGACUUUAGAAUGCAGUUAUCUGCUACUGACUACGGCAAUUUCCUAGCAAAUGAAUCACUCCCUUUGUCUACUUCUAAAAUCGCAGAGAAAUCAACUAAUACUCUAGUCGACGAGUUUAAAUAUAUAAGCACUAACUCAACAGAACCUCUAUCCACUUUCUUGGAUUACAUUACAUACGCUUACAUGAUUGACAACGUUAUCUUGUUGAUCACAGGUACCUUACAUGGAAGAGACACACAUGAAUUGUUAGAAAGAUGUCAUCCACUCGGCAAAUUCGACGCCAUGUCCGCACUUUGUGUCGCUACAAACGUGGAAGAACUCUAUCAAUCUGUCUUAGUAGAGACACCAUUAGCACCUUACUUUAGAAAUUGCUUGACAGCAUCAGAUUUGGAUGAUCUCAAUAUAGAAAUCAUAAGAAACGCAGUAUACAAAGCCUACUUAGAGGACUACCACGCGUUUGCACAAACGUUGGAAGAACCAACUGCUUCGAUAAUGACAAAGCUGCUCGCUUUUGAGGCUGACAGAAGGGCAAUCAAUAUUACUCUCAAUAGUUUCGGUACAGAGCUCACGAAAGAGAUGCGUUCUAAAUUAUAUCCAGAAAUCGGUAGAUUAUACCCUGCAGGAACGAAUGUAUUAGCCAGAGCAGACGAUUUUGAUCAGGUUAGAGCUGCUUGUGAAAGUAUCCCAGAGUAUCAUCAGAUGUUUGAUGGUAUUUCUUCAAAUUCAGCAGAUAAUGAUGACAACAAUUCACUCGAGGAUCGUUUCUUCGCUCAUGAGGUGUUGUUAAACAAGGAAACAUUCUUACAGCAGUUCAACUAUGCGCCUUUCUACAGUUAUUUCAAACUCAAGGAACAAGAAGUUAGGAAUAUUGUUUGGUUAGCUGAAUGUACUGCACAAUCAGCACCACAAGACAGGAGGGCAGUUCCUUAUAUAUUUUAACGUGUACAUUUUCUUAUUAUAUAUUUACUUCAUCUUGUCCUAUAAUGGACGCACUCGGUGAUAUUCUC